CGCCUUAGGCCAGCGCUGUGUUGCCAUGACGACCGUGGCUGGGUCGCAGCAAAUUUUGUUGGAAACUCUCGCUGCAGGUUGAAGACGGUGUAUCUGUUUGCAGUGACUCAGUUUCCCAGGAAUAAAUUGGAACAGUAGGGAUAGCAAGUGCCAUGGGGAGCAAGAAGGAAAUGGCCCUGCAGGUCAACAUCAGUACCCAGGAACUUUGGGAGGAAAUGCUCAGUUCCAAAGGACUAACUGUCGUCGACAUCUACCAAGGCUGGUGUGGCCCCUGCAAGCCUGUGGUGAGCCUCUUCCAGAAGAUGAGGAUCGAGGUCGGCCUGGACCUUCUGCAUUUUGCAUUAGCAGAGGCGGACUGUCUUGAUGUCCUCAAAAAAUACAGAGGGAGGUGUGAGCCGACCUUUCUGUUUUAUGCAAUUGAAGAUGAGGCUCUUUCUGAUGAAGAUGAAUGCUUUUCCCACGAAAAGGAAGAUGGUGACGAUGAGGAUGCGGUGUCAUCAGAGAAGGCCUGCACCUUGGCAGUCAUUAAACCAGAUGCGGUCCAUGGGAAGAUGGAUGAGAUUAUCACGAAGAUCCAGGAAGCUGGGUUUGACAUUUUAACAAAUAAAGAGAGAGCCAUGAGAGAAGCAGAAAUGUGACUUUUCUACCAACACAGAGAUGGAGAGGAGGCAUUUAAGAAGCUGGUACAUCACAUGUGCAGUGGACCAAGCCACCUCCUCAACCUCACCAGGACUGAGGGCACCGAGGAAGUGGUCACCGCCUGGCAAACCCUCAUGGGACCCUGUGACCCCGAUGUGGCAAGGAGGGAGCAGCCUGACAGUCUCCGGGCUCAGUAUGGCACAGAAAUGCCCUUUAAUGCAGUCCAUGGAAGCCGGGACUCGGAAGACGCCCGCUGGGAACUGACACUGCUCUUCCCCAGUUUUAAGUUUUCAGACCAGGUUCCGGAAGCCCCUCUGGGUAAGUCAUCCAGGCAGAUCUGGUCUGUAUUAAAUCUGCAGCGGGGAUGGGGGGCGGGUACUGACAGUAACUAUGUGGUAACCAAGUCCUCCGUCUAAUAAGGGCCUGCUGGGGAAACAGGGCCCAUUACAUAACUUUAGCGGCAGUCCUGCUCUAUUGUGUUUUCAGAGUAACAGUUUUGCUUUUUCAUUACAUUUUUGGCUGCAUUUUUACUUUGAAGUCAAACUCUCGUUACAAAGUUACUUUGCAUUCUCCUGUGGAAACCACCCGGAAAAUGUAACUUUCUGGAAGCCCACUUCCAUGGCAGAGGCCAGAUGUUAUUCCCUCACUUUCUCUGUGCUCCACGUGCCCCAUCAAGCCCUUGGUGGGGUCACCGAGAAGCAGAGAGCUUCACAGAAGGGCCCUCUGCCCAUCGCUGCAAUGGCUCUCAUAUCCCUCAGAGCCCACAUUUUGGGAAAAGCAUGCUGGGUCAUCCCCACCUCCACAUCUGGGUGAGAAACCCACGGGGCUCAGAGUGCACGUGACUCACCCCACUCCACGAGUGGAAGAACCAGACACGGCCCGUGCUGCUCCUGUCACCGUGUUGCACGUCUCUGGGUUGAGUCUGAAGUGAGGUGGAAGGGGCCAGGGGGUGAACAUCCUGGGAAAAGCAAAGGAUGUGAGGGGGGGCAUUCUUGGGAGAAGCCUGCCUGCAGAUCUGAAACGGUAAUAACCCCCGUGUGCCUAAAUGUUUGGGUUUUAACCAGUCGGUUUACCUAAAUGUUUGAAAUGUUCGUCAUGGUCUCGUCAAGAUUUGAAUCCAAUCAAGCAAGAAUAGGUGGUUUGAGGGCGAGGAAAGGAAGGGCGGGAGCUGACCCCUGCUGGCCCUCGUUUAAUCCUGGUGCUGCCCGCUGCCAACUGAGGGACAAGCUGGGAGUGUGAUGGAGUUUAGGGAGCUGAGAAAUCCUGGGAAGUGUGGCUCUAUGUGGACCAGAGACCCAAGUCUGAACAUCCAAGUGCGGGCGAUGGUUCUCCAAAGCCAUCCUCUGUGGGAAGAACUCUCACUCUGGUGUGUUACUGCAAGGACCAGCUUUCCUUUGGGGGCCUGCCCUCAGGGAGAGCCCACGACAUGUUUCCUUAUGUGUCCAGGGUCAUGUGACAUCUUCAUCCUUUUGGGGGGGUGACUGGAAACAAGUAGGUAUGACUAUGGGAAAGGAGAGCAAACUGGCUGGGCACCACUCAUCGGGGGGCCAUCGGGGAGAGUGUUGGGAGAUCGUGAGCCUGACUUUUUGGCCUCAGGUGAUAAUGAACAAAGGGAACAAUUCCAGAAGGGUCUGAGCCUAGACCACACCUGGGAGUGAGUGCACAGCCUCGUUGGGGUGUGGUGUUCUGCCCCUUUGUCUGACAUGUAUGUUGUGCCUUCUCAGUUGUCAGGGGCAGAGUGUGCUUUCCACGUACCCAGCACUUCUUCUGGGCCCUGGAGACAGGAUCCUGGGUUUGAAUCCUGGCUCCACUAUCUAUCAGCUGAAUAGCCUCGGGAAAGUUACUUCCCUUUUUGGACCUCAGUUUCCUCAUUUGUGAAAUGGAGAUAAUGAGAGGCCCAUUAUAGCCCCAUAAUAAUCAUCUUCCUCAGAGGGCUCUUGUGAAGAUGAAAGGAGACAAAGCACGGUGAAGCUCUUAGCCUGGGGCCUGACACACAUCAAGUGCUCAACCAAUGUCACUUGCUCUCCUCAUUUUUUCCGAGUCCCUAACACACAUAUUAGGACCUCUCUCUGCUGCUCCGUCCACCCUGACCCCUAACUUCACCGUCUGUGAUGUACUUAGAUUUCCCCUUUCCGCUGUUCCUUUGCGGACAGUUUGGGGACAGGGCUGCUGUAAGAAGUCCUACAGCAUGCCUGUUGUCCCACAGGCCUCGAGGCCGAAGGAGAGGGCGCCGGUGAGGCGCUGUACUCCCCCGAGGACGUGGACAAGGCGGCCUGCGACCAGGCUGAGGCCGUGAGAUGAAGCACCAGUGCACUCAUAUCUGCUGCACGUAAGGAAACCUCCAGAACCGAAACUUCCUCUUUUGAGCACCGAUACUUUUUUGGUUUAGUUAUCGUUCAUGAAUAAAAAUAAUAGUAUCCACUUUCCUGCCUUAUUAAACAGUACGAAUAUGGAACAUGUACUUUUUUUUGGCCAUCUCUGGGAUUUUAGAAAAUAAAUGGACAUCAGUCCUUGAACUCUGCCGUGAUACAGUGUCAUCUCAGGGGAUACUGAGUUACAGAGGACAGUGUUUCCCAGUAAUAAAUCUACGUUAUGGAUGAAACAAUUUUAGAGCUUAACUUGGUAACGACGGACUUGAAAAUAGUCCAACAAGAUUGAAUGUGACACUUCAGGGCUUACUGACAUGGGGGCAGAUAUAAAUCAGCUUUAAAUGUUCAUGCUGCCCACCCAGGCCACAAGGGUAGUCCUGGAAUAGGCCAGAUUCUUCUCCACGAAUCAGGGCAUGUUCAGAAAGCAAUGCUUGGGGGUUACAUUUGGAACCAGGGUUCAUCUAAUUUUCUUGAUGCCCCCUUCCCCCAUUUCUUUGGUUUCUGAUUUUGGCUAAAGUCUAAUUUUAAAACCUGAGCACUCCUAGUUGUGGCGCCCCCUUUCACUACUGCCUGGUUUAGCUGUCCCUCCAUGGGACACAGGAGGUUUUCAGUAACUAGCUUUACCCCUGUGAAUAGUAACAUGCCAGCUACCCUCUCACCGGUUUGCUCUUUGGUUUAUCUGUAAAUUCACUGAGCCCAGGCAUACUCUCCUCUCUGACUGAGGAAAAGGCUGUGUUCUUCUACACCACGAGGCAAAUGGCAGAGAUUUCCUUCUCAUCUGCUGGUUUUCUCCAGGGGGCUUCGUGCUUAUGACUUGAAGCAGCUCUUUAAAUGGGUAGUUAGCUCCCAGAAGACUGUCCUUUACGGAUGCACUACUCUUUCCCCCGGCCUGUAGCAUGAGGCCCUCCGUGCUGGCACCGGCGACAGGAUGAGUCAGGCUGCAGAAGGCGGGGACACCGGGUGGCCUGUGACAGCGGGUGGGUGGCUGCACUUCCCAUGACCUUGUGUCACCUCUAGAUGGAAACAUGCCUGCCCACUGUGCUCAGCGCAUCAGCACAGGCCUCUGUGAGAAACACCCAGCAGAGCCCUCCCUGACAGAAUCCGUCAGGAGAGUUGAAUCUACUGUUCCAGGUCCCCAGGCACAUAGCCCACCAUGGGGCUGUGCUCUUCCCUUUGUGAGUGGCCUCGAGACGGGGACUCGGUUGGCCUGUGUUCACCUCAGAGCUGGCAAUAGGGCCCGACGCCUGCUCUUCCACACCACAGGUGCUGUGUGGCUCUGAAUGAGCUGCUUGGGGUACACCCAGCUGACAGCUAUCUAGUCUCCCCGGAAGCUGGGAGGCCAAACUCCCAUCACUGGAGAGAUGAGAGGUAAUAAAUGGAGUGACCAAGGCCUCUGAAAGCAGGGGACAGAGAAGAGCAGGUGGGGGAACUGGCCCGUGUGUGCUGGUGUCUGUGAUGACCUUUCAGCCUCCCCAGGAAGCGGCUGGGAGUGGCAGGGCUGGGACAGGGAAAGCAGGAGGGACGCUAGGUGAUAGGGCUGGGGUGGGAGGUGUGAUGACAUGCUCCUUCCUUCUAUUGCACGGUAGGGCGCUUCUUUUCUCAGAGUCCAGAAGGUUCCUGGCGGAAAGAAUGGGGCUAGGGCAGAGGGGGAGGAAGAGAAGUGCUGUGUGGCUCUAAAUGAACUGCUGGGGGUACACCCAGCUGGCAGCCAUCUGGAGGAAGGCUGAACUAUCUGCUUGCUCACUGUCUGAGGACGGAACUCCUUGGCAGAGACCCUGGGCCUGCAGGGUGGGUGCCAUUUUAGGCGUUAAGGCUCCUCCUGGGUGUGAGCGCCUGACAGGGUGGAGGGCAGGCCUAGCCCCACGAAGUGAAGGACACGGCUUGACUAGCUCAGGCCCUCCACUCAGCCAGGGCUGCAGGGAGAGAGGGAGGAAGGUGGCUCGGUGGGUCCCAAUGUGGCCUUGGCGGGGGCCCCCUCCGCUUUCCCUGAGGCCAGGUCAUGGAACAAAACUUCCCUCGUGCUGGGAACUGACACAUACCUCCCUGCCCAGCAACCAGGGAAGGUCAGUGCAAAGGAGUAGGACUGGGAAAGCACCGGCCCCUAUCCCAGGUGGCAAGGUGUCCGGAACCUCCCCGUCGGCUCUCCAGCAGGAUCUGGGGUCAGUCCCCCCUUCCCAGGCCUCGCUUCCAAGUUUCCCCUGUGGCGGGGGAAUCACCUCACCAUCUUCCCCCCACGCUCUAGGGCAGGCGCCCUUGGUUCUCUCUCCGGUUCUAGUGAGGCCAAGAGACAGGAGGUGCGUCCCUACACUUCAGAGACGGGGAAGAGAAGGCGGCGCCCAGUAAAUGCAGGGCGUCUGUGCAGACGGUCAUUUGACAAGCUCUGGGCCUGAGUCCAGUGGGUGGUGGCAGGGGAGGAGUGGCAUAGGACCGAGUGGGGAGUCCUGGUGGCUGGAAGUGGCCGCCUGUAAAGACCAGGAAGA